AUGUUGGUUCACGAACUGGCGGUCGAAAUUCUCAAGUUCAGGGUGAUUUACACCUUUGCAGCGGACGCUAGUGAUCGCGGUAUCAGUGCAGUCCGAAAGCAGAAGAAUGGAUUUAUCACAUAUGCCAGUCGUGUUCCGGCUAAUGCGAAACAGACGUACUUAUCCAUUGAGAAAGAAUUUUUAGCGAUCACUUUUGCGCAAGAUAAAUUGGCGCAAUAUCUGCUUGGACAACUAGAACCCCCUGCAACUACAUCGGGGAAGGUUGGAGAUUCGAAUUUGGGCAAAGGCAACGAACACGUGGAAAUAGCAAAGCCAGCAGGGAAAGAAAUGCAAACAGAUCAACAGCCACGUGAUCAAAAACCAAUAAACUCACCCGAGCUACCAAUAUUUCAACAAAUUACCAACUACUUCGGGCGUUCCACGCUCAAAACAGCCCGUCUAUGGGAGACUUUCGCCUGCCGACAAGCCUACACGCGACAACAGCUCUACUUCCUCCAUGAAUGCCUGCGCAAACACAUCUUCCCACGUAGUGUAACCUACCGACCGCCAAUAAACCAUCCACAAGAUUGGGUAAUAGCUAGACAGAAUGGUAGACGAAUGGUCAGACUUAUGAUUACAGACGCUCACAACCGCAUUAGAAAAUACGAGAGAAUAGCCAACGGACAUAGGGAAGCCUGCUUGAGGAAAAUAGGACCAGAUCUCAUGGAGCAACUUAGCAUGGCGGUAGAACGAAGAGUUUCAUCCACUGCUAAAAACAAGAAGGCUCAUCUAGAUAGCUAA